CUGAGUCCAGGUGUUACAAGUGGUUGGUAUACGUGACUUCUUCUUCACCUUCAAACUGGCAUCAACCUAAAGGCUGGAAGUUAUAUGCAUUCUGUUUGAUUUUCUAGCCCAUGAGAAGUUAAAUUUCUAAUUUUCUAGCCCAUGAGAAGUUAAAUUUCUAAUUAUCCUAAGUUUGGCUUUUUGAUUUUGUACAACCUUUUUUUAUCAAAAUCUCAUUUCAUACUUUGAAUAACCAUGACCGCUGGAACUGACAGCUAUCAAGCUCCCAAGACAAAGGCAAGCAAGUUAGCUCGCCCCAAGAUAUGCUACCACUGGACUGUGGCUGAAGUUCAGAAGUGGUUCAAACGCCACUGCUCUGAAUAUUAUGCUCUUUAUGCUCAUUAUUUCAGUGAACAUGAGAUCAAUGGGAAGGCACUGGUUGGACUAAGUCAAUCUUCUCUGCUGCGUCUUGGCAUCACAAAUGCGGAGCACAGGGAUGCCCUCUGCAGACAAAUACUGAAACUACGACUCAAGGCUGACAUCAUGGAGAUGAGGGAAAUUCAAAUGAGACAUAGAAUCACUUCUGCAUAAAUAACCUAUGUGUAUUACGGCAUUUCUUUUCCUUAUCCUCAUCUGGUCUUGCUUGGUAGAUAUAGGUGUGUAAUUUAGAUAUGUGUGAAUUGAGCUGUUAUUAUUUCAUUAAAAUUUUUUUAUUAUUUUAUUAAAGCUUCAAAAAUCUCAAAUUGUAGAAUGUGCAAUGUGUGACAGUGUGAUUGUUCCUAGGAAGGUUAAACCUUUAUAUGUUGUGUAUGAAA